AUGAUUGAAGACGACGUCUACAGAGCCUCAUCCCAGUACCGUUACUGGUCAUACACCAAAGAAUCUUUGGCUCGAAUGCGAGAAGAGACCAACAAGCUCGCCUCUCAGCGGGUGAAGGCUGCGUUUCGACGCGUACAUGCUGCUAACGAAUCGUCACAGAAUGGAGAAAACCACAAUGAAGGCACAGGCAACAGCGCCGGAGCUGGUGCAGACCACGUCGAGAUCGAGACUUUGACGGUAGAUGAGGAGUUGAGGAUUGUGGAAUGGGGAUGUUCUAAGAUUAUGGAUAUGGGCGAAGCCAUGAAUCCAAGGAUACCUUCGCAUGUGGUGGCCACAGCGAUCCAGUACCUCCGCCGUUUCUACCUCACAAACUCUCCGAUGACAUACCAUCCGAAACAAAUCAUGAUGUGUGCAUUAUAUCUCGCCACCAAAGCCGACCACUUCUACAUCUCGCUAUCACGCUUUGUCGCUGAACUCAACAAUGUCAGUGAAGACGACGUGAAAGCUCCCGAAUUCUUACUCUUACAAGGCCUCAGGUUUACACUGGACGUGCGGCAUCCAAUGAAGGGUCUUCAGGGUGGACAUGUGGAGAUGAACGUCUUAGCAGAGGAAGGCAGGUUGGGCAGCAGCAUCACCAAGGCCAGCGGGAGCGAGAAAAGAGUCGGCGUCGCCGCUGACAACGCGAAGAAGCUCCUUGCCACAGCGGCACAAAUGACAGAUGCAUACUUUCUCUACACGCCUAGCCAGAUCUGGCUCGCUGCGAUCAUGAUAGCUGAUCGAGAGCUCGUGGAAGCGUACAUCAGCGCCAAACUGGAGGCUCUGCCCCUUAUGGCCAAUGACUCGGACGCCACAACUGAACAUUUUCGACAAAAGUUAAUGGCUACGAUAGCUUCUUGCGCUACUCUUCUCGAGUCUUAUCGGAGUUCCGAAGACGACGCCGCGCAGCGCAAGGAAAUGAGACGAAUCGGCAAGAAAUUGACCGUGUGCCAGAACCCGGAGAAAAUGGAUAUCGUGGCAGUUGCGAGGGCGAAGGUAGCGGCGAAGAGGGAAGGCGCAGAGGGAACAGAUGCAGAAAAAGCGCUCAAGAAGCGCAAGUUGGAAAGGGAACGACUGGAAAGGGACGGAGAUGUAUUUGGGCCUGAGUUGAGGGAUGUCAAGGGUUGA